UAGAAUAGAGCGUUAAUGUGGGAAAGUGGUGAACAACUUCAGGGCUCAGACCUGCUGUGCCCAAGAGAGAAGGAAGGGAGGAGACGAAAGGGAAGGGCGGGGAGAGAGAAAUUCGGUCGGAUUUACCCCAGCUGGGUGCCAGGAGCGGCAGGGAAAGCUUGGGAGCCGCUAGCAAGCGAGCCGGGCUGCCGCGGGGGAGGGCAGGAGCCGGGCACUGCGGCCGGAGCUUUAGCCAAGCGCCCCGCUGAGACCAGAGGGGGGGCGCCGGGGGGUGGGGGCCGCGCGCAGCGCUUCCCCGCCGGGGAGGGGCGUGGCUCCCGCAGCCCGCGGCGCCCCACCUGCGCGCCUCGGUCCGCGCGCCCGCCGGGCGCUGAGUUCUCGGACCCCGGUCCGCUCACGUCAGGCGUGCUGUCCGCGGCCCCAAUUCCCGCCUGCCUUCCCCGCGCGCCGGCAGACGAUGACCUGCAACUCGCUGCUCUCUGUGCCGAGGUUCUUUGUAGCAAUAGCUUACUCGAGUCUACAGACUACUGGUUACAGAAUCAGAGGACGCCCUGCCAGAUUGGUUUUGUGGAAGACAAGUCUGAAAACUGUGCUUCUGUUUGCUUUGUGAACCUGGACGUGAACAAGGAUGAACACCGCCUGGACCAGCUGCAGCAGAAAUUGGUCAACGUUUCACCAGAUCUUCCAAAACUUAUCAGCUCCAUGAAUGUCCAACAGCCAAAAGAAAAUGAAAUUGUCCUCCUAAGUGGGUUAGCAUCUGGAAAUCUGCAGACAGAUUUUGAAGUUUCACAGUGCCCUUGGCUGCCAGAUAUCUGCCUGGUGCAGUGUGCCAGAGGCAGUGGGCCGAACAGUACCAAUUGCAUCAUCUUUGAAAUCAACAAGUUUUUGAUCGGCCUGGAACUGGUGCAGGAGCGUCAGCUCCACCUGGAAACCAACAUCUUGAAAGUGGAGGAUGACACAAACUGUUCCCUGUCCUCAAUCGAGGAAGACUUUCUAACUGCAUCUGAGCACCUGGAGGAGGAAAGCGAGGUGGAAGAAUAUAGGAAUGGUUAUGAAAAUAUAAAUGUCUCAGCCAGUGCUUUGGAGAAUAAAAUGACAAAGGAGGAAGCCACGCAGGAGGAAUGGGAUUACCACAAGGAAAAGUCACCUUAUGCUUUCAAAGGCCAGUGUAGUAGCAAAUGUCACACACCGCCAACUACAGCAGAAGGAUCUCUGGAAAGAGUAGCAGAAGACACAGCGCUGCAGAGUCUGCAUCCGUUGGCCCCACCAUCAGGAUGGGAAGGUGAAGCUGUGGGGAAGGAGAGGCCCCCCGCAAAUGACUGUCAUUCUGAAAAUGGUAAAGGUCAAGUGGAAAAAUCGCAGUUUCUGUAUAUUCCAGGUGAUGCUUAUUUCUCCAAGAUGGUUAAGAAAGACAGAUCUUCUGCAUGUGGUACCAUCACUGAGCAUGACAACAACUUAGUCCCAAGAACCCAUGAAGAUGGCACAGGCUCUCCUCCUGACAUACAAGGUGGAGAAGCCACAACUGGCGAGUACGCUACAAAUUUAGCAGAAUCCGUGCUGCAAGAUGCAUUUAUUGGAUUAUCUCAGUGUCGGCCUAUACCACCCCAGGAACUUGCAGUCACUGUCUCUGCAGGCAGUGGUCUGCUACCCAGCGGCUGUUCCACAGAAGAUAUGGGGGUCCCUCAGUCCUGGAAUGAGCUUCCCAAGAUCGUCAUUGUUCAGAGUCCCGAUGGCAGUGAUGCUGCCCCUGGGCCAGGCACAUCCUCACAGCCCAAGACAGACAUCUCUGUUGAGGCCUUAGGGAUCCUUUCUGGGGAGAACUCUAGCAGAGGGCCCCAGAGUGCUCUGGAAGUAGCAUUAGCUUGUGCAGCCACUGUAAUUGGAACCAUUUCCAGUCCACAGGCCACCGAAAGACUCAAAAUAGAGCAAGAAUCCCUGGUUUUCAACCAUCCACUGGGAGACAAUGAACCACUGCAAACUCAAAUAUCCCAAGUACUCAAAGAACCUUCCAUCGGCAAAUACUCAUUUUCCUCUGCUUUGUGUGGCAUGACCCAGGUGGCGAGUGCCGUUGCUGUCUGUGGCCUGGGUGAAACCGGGGAGGUGGAGUGCCCUGUGGCUUCAAGUGGCCUCUUGUUUGCAGCCGAGACUCCUGCAGCAGUCCCCCCACUUUGUAGUUUGGGGACAGGGAGGAGCAUGGAGCUGGGAAAUGAAGCCAUUGUAGAGGCAUUGCUCAAGGAGGCCACUCUGGUCUUAACAAGGCCUGAUACCUACAGCAGCACUGGCGACCUCAUGGAAUCCAUGAGUGGGAGAAUCAUGGAAGCUGCUUCAAAGCCUCAGGCCUUGUGCUCGGAAAAUGUCCUUGGGAAUGAACUGGCACAGACCCUGUCCAGUGUUAUCCUAAAGCAUGCUGUUGACGAAGCUCACCAGAAAAAUAAAAUAAUCAACCCCAAUGACAGCAGGUAUUCAUCUGAAACUCUGGACACCCUAAUGGAAAGUAUAAAUCAACUGCUCUUCAGUGUGAUAUGCUUCACGUUCAGGAAGAUGAACCAUAUUGUACAGCUUGGUCAAUGUUCCACUGCCCUUUCUAAGGAAACCCUGAGAUGGAGGGAAACAGAACUAGGCUGUCAGCCACCUGAUCGGGCUGCUAGUCAAACAAGGACAAAAGCCACUGAAGGUUCCAGCAGCCACCCACUUAGCAGUCCAUGUAGCACUAGCCUUGCUAUCAAUGACCUUGUAGAGGACGCAUGUCUGAAGCAAGACAGCAAGUGCCCAGGGAAGCCAGGCCUCCUCAAGCCCACGCUGCCAUCUGAAUUGUCCUGUAGUCCCAGAGCGCCUGAUUAUUUGACUGCUAACACACCGCCCAGGGAAAUAUAUCUGAAAGGAGCAGGGGGAGAAGAUACAAAAGACCCUCAUUCAAUGAUGGAUCACAGUGAGGAUGAAUGCAGAGCCCCUUCAGAGAAAGGAAGGACAUUGACAGUCGCCAAGUGCAGCAGAAUUUCCCAGGAUGCUGAGGACACCAGUCAUCCAGAGGCCCAGGAGAAGUAUGACUGUGCCUCACCUCUGAACAGCGAGGUUCAAGUCAACCUGUCUCUGUCAGGGAAUGACUUGCUUCCUGCCCAGUCCAUGCUCCAGACAAAACAUGCCGAGGUGUACGGCAUCCCAGACUUUGCCGAAGAUUUAGCAGAGAUGAUUGUCUCCAUGGCAACUGAAAUCGCAGCAAUUUGCCUUGACAACUCCAAUGGAAAACAACCCUGGUUUUGCGCAUGGAAACAAGGAACUGAGUUUCUGGUUACCCCAAAUGUAUCCUGCAGAUCCCUGAAGAGGAAGAAGGAAAGCCAGGCCAGAGGGGCCACGGUGAGGAAACACAAGCCGCCGCGGCUCAGCGAGAUCAAGAGGAAAACAGAUGAGCACCCGGAGCUCAAAGAGAAGCUGAUGAACAGGGUUGUGGACGAGUCCAUGAACCUUGAGGACGUCCCGGAUUCUGUCAAUAUUUUUGCAAACGAAGUGGCUGCCAAGAUCAUGAACCUAACGGAGUUCUCCGUGGUGGACAGCGCCUGGCAAGCCCAGAGCAGCCCCCGGAACCGGUUACUCGGCGGAGACAGGUGGAGCCGCCUGAAGGCCUCCAGCUGCGAGAGCAUCCCGGAGGAGGACUCCAACGCCAGGGCGUUUGCCAGUAGCCUGGGCUUGAUGAGCACCCUAAGCCAGCCAGUCAGCAGGGCCAGCUCCGUCUCCAAGCAGUCCAGCUGUGAGAGCAUUACUGAUGAGUUUUCCAGGUUCAUGGUGAACCAGAUGGAAAACGAAGGCAGAGGAUUCGAUUUACUGCUGGAUUACUACGCAGGCAAGAAUGCCAGCAGCAUCCUGAACUCAGCUAUGCAACAAGCGUGCCGCAAAAAUGACCACCUGAGUGUGAGACCGAGCUGUCCCUCUAAGCAGUCCAGCACCGAGAGCAUAACGGAGGAGUUCUACAGGUACAUGCUGAGGGACAUUGAAAGAGAAAGCAGGGACAGCGCCCCCUCCCGACGAAGCAGCCAGGACUGGUCGGCAGGCUUGCUGUCGCCUGCCGUGCGAUCCCCGUUGUGCUACAGACAGUCGUCCAUGCCGGACAGCAGAUCCCUGGGCGCCAGGCUGACGGUGAAUGCGCCCGUCAAGGCCAACUCCUUGGAUGGCUUUGGUCAAAACAGCCAGCAAGAUUUCCUAAGCAUACAGCCGGUCAGUAGCGUGUCUUUCUCCGGGCUCUGCAAAUCUGACUCUUGCUUGUAUCAGAGAGGUGGGACUGACCGCAUGACGGACAUGCUGAUUCAUGAGACGUGGGCAAACUCCAUCGAGGCGCUCAUGCGGAAGAACAAAAUCAUCACGGAUGACGCCGGGGCAGCCGGUGCUGAGCCUGCGGCUGAUGGUUCCCGCCUGCGAGAGGAGAGGAGUGCAGACAGGACGGCUUCCAGCAGAGGGCGCCGUGGGCCGGCUCUUGGCGUUCAGGAGUCCCCUGCUCACCCCAGGAAAGAUUCCAUCACUGAAAGCCAGUAUCUCCCAGUGUCAGCUCAGAACAAAGCCGCUCCUCUUACAAACCACAGCAGUUUAGAUUCUAAAAAGGACAGGUCCUCGUGCCACGAUGCUGUCCGCCCAUCCCACGCCAGGCCUCCACUUUGCUCCAGGGAGGUGCCUUUAAUUCAGAUUGAAACGGAGCAGAGAGAAGAGUGUGGUGGAGAACCUGAACACCUCCCUUCCAAAAGCAGCCCCCUGGAGGAAGCAGAAGAGGCUUCGAGAGAGGAAAACGUGCCAGAUGUGGCGAGGGGUGGAGACGCUGCCGAGAGUGCGUGUCAAAACCGCAGUGACAGCCUUGAUGCUGGAGAUGAUGUCCCAGAGGCUGAAGUCUCAACAGAAGGCAGAGCCCCCGAUGAGCUGCCCACCCCCGCUGGCAGCAGUGGGGAGAGCACGGACAGCUGGUCCCAGCUCGCCAACGAGGAGGACAAUCCAGACGACCCAAGUAGCUUUCUGCAGCUCAGUGAGCGAUCCAUGAGCAAUGGCAACAGUAGUGCCACUAGCAGUCUUGGCAUUAUGGACCUGGACAUUUAUCAGGAAAGCAUGCCAUCUUCUCCCAUGAUUAAUGAAUUAGUAGAAGAAAAGGAGAUUCUUAAAGGACAGUCAGAAAAUAUAGAGGAACGUGGCCCUGGAGUGCCAGCAGGAGCAGCCAGCUGCCAGGGGAGCCUUCUGGUGAUCAACUUCGACCUGGAGCCUGCGUGUCCCGACACGGAGCUCCGAGCCACGCUGCAGUGGAUAGCAGCCUCUGAACUCGGCAUCCCCACCAUCUACUUCAAGAAAUCUCAGGAAAGCAGAAUCGAAAAGUUUUUAGAUGUCGUGCAGCUGGUCCAUCAGAAGUCCUGGAAAGUGGGAGAUAUCUUUCACGCAGUUGUUCAGUACUGCAAAAUGCAUGAGGAGCGGAAGGCUGGGACCCCAAGUCUCUUCGACUGGCUCUUGGAACUGGGCUAAGGCAGCGGCAGCCUGCCGGAGUACUCCCUCCCCCCAUUCCAGCUUAGGUGACAGUGGUUUGCUCUAAAUGCUCUAAACUUUCUCAAAACAUCCCAUCACAUUUAUCAGUGCUAUAAAAAACCUGCUGUUCAAGGCUACUGCGCAAGGAAUAAAUCUGAGGAAAAGUACAGUAGAGGUCUGUACACAUCAAUACAACCUGUGGGUGAGUUCAGAAGAGCUUGUGCUGAAAUGGCUGGAAACACAGACAUUUUAAGGGGGCCCACAUUAAAAGCGUAUAGCUAUGCCCAAACUACCAGAAAAUUUAUACUUGCAUAUUUUUAGUAAUAAAAUACAUAAUGUCUCCAAUUAUGUAAAUCAACUGGAAAAAAAAAGUCACUGGUCAAAACUAUCUAAACUAUGCUAUAAUCUUUAUUUUACAUUUUUGAGCAGAUUAAGGGGCUGUCAGCCCAGGUAAAUACUUAAGAUACAAGUGAGAAAUUUUCAGAUAUAAAACAUUUCCACCUUCAAACCAGUAUCAAUGGAUAUUAAUGGAAAUACAGGUAUAUUUAUCAAUGUUCUUUACUGAGGGGAUUUCAUUUAUUCACUGCAACUCACUGAAAAAUAGUCUUCAUCUCUCCAACAGUAUCUGGGUUCCUAGCUAACCAGAAAACCCUUGGUAUUCAGCUGGGAGAGCAAAAGAUUGAAGACUGUCUUGUUUCCAUCUCUGUAUUGCUUAGGUAACAUGAUUACAGACUUCUUGUCCUAAGGGAAAGCUUUCUUUAAAAAAAGAAAAAAGUCUUUUGAGAGAAAGUCUGCUUGUGUAUUAAAUUAUAUAAAAUACGAACUUUCAUUUUAUUUUUAUUGUAAAUUAUGAAGAGAUUAUUAUCUUAAAUAAUAUAUUGAGUUAGCUUAGAGGUUCAUAAAAUACGAAGAGAUUGUUGUCUUCAAGCAUAUAUUAACACUUGCACUCAGUCAAGUUUAAUUAUAAAUGUGUUUGUACCCAUACAGCAAGCCCACUACUCGGAUGACAUUUAUAAUGACAGGUGCAGCAUUCGACGUAACUGGUGAGGAUCAUAGGCUCUUCUUGAAUCAAAGAUAUUGGCAUUUCAUUGAGGAAAAAGAAAACCUUAUCACAUUUAAGUAUUUUAAUAACAGAUUUAUUCUUUUGAAAAAUAAAAGUAACUUCUCUUUAAAAAGUCUUCUUUCCCUUCAACUAAAUGAACUAAACUAGCUUUUAUUUUCUUAAUCAAAGAAGGUGUUUAUCAAAGAUUUCCUGAAGUACUAUGCUUUUACACUAUUUUUAAAGAUUGUGACAUCAUUUUAAAUGUGCACAAGGCUCUACACCAUCAGUACUGGCCUUAAACAGCAUCCACAUCUUGAAACGUCGAGAAAGCUUCCUUGUAAACCAUGCAUCCCUCCCCACCACCUACCCUAGGAGUCCUUCCCCGUACUCACUAGGCAUUUACUACAUAAAUGGUCCAAUUUUAGGCUAUGUUUGAUUAGACAGAUUAACUAAAUGUCAAAUGUUAAAAUUUAUCCAUCAUCUCAAAACUGCAAAUUCUUUGUGCUACUAAAUGGAAAAGAAUAUAUUUAUUUUUUAAGCAAUGCCAGAAUAUUGUGUGUAGACUUCUGUUGUGCGCGAAUGAAUGUUUACUUAUCCUACAAAGCACAAAUACUGGAUUGUAACCCUGUGAUGAAGUUAGACAUGUUGUACCUAACAUUGCAAACUAAUCAAUAAAUUUUUGUUGCCGAAUGUU